AGAGCUUGUUUGGAAUUGCGUGCUUUCCUCUCGGUGUAUAAAUGAGGCCGAGAUCUCGAUUUCCCUCCACCGUCGUUGAGCGGAAGAGUUACUCUGGACGCGAAGUUCGCUUUGCUGCCAGUUAGUACACAACAGAAUUAGCUUUAUUCAUGGGCACGAUGGUAGAUUCUAACAAGGAUGCUCAUGUAAAUUUCCCAGGUGACAAGAAGAUCACAGUUGUGUUUGUGCUAGGGGGGCCUGGCAGUGGAAAAGGCACACAGUGUGCAAAGAUUGUUGAAAACUAUGGUUUCACCCAUCUCAGUGCUGGAGAUCUUCUGCGUGCAGAAAUUAAAUCUGGCUCGGAAAAUGGUACCAUGAUCUCAAACAUGAUCAAGGAAGGGAAAAUUGUCCCUGCUGAGGUUACAAUUGAUCUUCUGAAGAAGGCUAUGAUUGGGAGUGGAAAUGACAGAUUUCUUAUUGAUGGUUUUCCCAGAAAUGAAGAGAACCGUGCUGCUUUUGAGAAUGGGACAAAGAUUGAGCCAGAGUUCAUACUAUUUUUUGACUGUCCAGAGGAAGAGAUGGAACGCAGACUUCUAAGCCGCAACCAGGAGAGAGUUGAUGAUAACAUUGAGACCAUAAGAAAGCGCUUCAGAGUUUUUGUUGAAUCCAGUCUACCUGUCAUUGAGCAUUAUGAAUUGAAGGGCAAGGUUCGAAAGGUAAAUGCUACGAAGUCCAUUGAAGAGGUCUUUGAAGAUGUGAAGAUCAUUUUUGCUCCAUUCCACACCAAUAUUGAGUAGGCAUGCCUCGAUGUUAAACAACACUAUCUAAAGUUAUCUCCAUCGACUUAUUUGCUCCGUAUCAUCCUUCAUAAAUAUCAUGUCGUGUUGUAUUAGUAGAGUUAUUUCUUCGUCGCUGCAGUAUGCUUUUGCAAUUGCACAAUAAUUUUCAUAUAAUCAGUAUCACAGCUUGAUUGAUUCCA